GGUAUCUAGAAUAGGUUACUGUGGUGUAUAAACUAUGCAUCCGUUUUUGUAAGAUUGAGCCAACUACUGCUCCCUCCAACCAUGGAUGGUGUAGGCAGGGGUCGCGGAGCGGUUAUUCCAGCAUGGUUGCAACAUCAGCAACAGCAACAACAGGCAGGUCCUGGCCAUGACGCAAACCAUGCCGCGGUACCGGAGCCAACGGACGCCCAGCUGUCAGCGCGAUAUGGCGAUGCUCUUGGCUCGCUUGACGAAGAGGGCCAGCGGGCUCUCAUGGAGCAGCAGGAGCAGGAGGUUCGGCAGGCAGCCAUGAGGUCUAACAAGCGGCAAGAGCGCGAUGAGGACUCGACGGAUGAGCCCCGGGACCCAGCGCAACUAAAGGACAAGCUGCUGAAGCUCUCCCACGACUUCCACGCAAACACCGGCAGCAGCAACGGCACCGCCCCAGCAGCAGCAGUAGCCCCGCAGGCGCCGCUGGCCGCCGCCCCGCAGCGCGGCGCCGGCGACUGGACCAACUACCAACCGCCCAGUGCCGUACUGGCGGCCAUUGCGGCCAAAUCCGGGGCUCAGCAGCAGCAGCAGCAGCAGGCGCCACCGCAACAGCCGGGCGCGGGGGCGCUUCCGCCUCCUCCUCCAGGCCCUCCCCCCGGCCCUCCGAAGCCCCCUGGUCCGCCGCCACCCGCCCGGCCCCCAGGACCGCCCCCGCCACCCCGCCCGCCGGGCCCCCCGCCCCCGCCUCGGCCGCCGGGGCCGCCUCCCUUGGCGCCCCCCGGCCCUCCCCGGCGGGCGGCGAGGAGGAGGGCGGCGGCGGGUCGCGCAAGAGCCGGCUGGAGGCCAUUGCCGAGCAGCAGAGGCUGCGGAAUGAGGGUCGGGGGCGGGGCGGCAAGGGGAAGCGCGAGGAGGAGGAGCUGGACCCCAUGGAUCCGGCCGCCUACUCCGACGCCCCCCGCGGCUCCUGGUCCACGGGUCUGGAGGGCGCGCAGCCCAGUGCGGCGGACACCACUGCGGUCGGGCCGCUGUUCCAGUCGCGACCCUACCCCGCACCCGGGUCGGUGCUGCGGGCCAACAAGAAGGCGCUGGAGGGGGGAAACUAGCCGGGGAGUGGGGGGGGGGGCGCAGUUGCAUGGCAUGGCGAGCACAGGACGCAGCAUGACCCGGGGUACGGUACCGCCUGGACACGGGGGCGGGUGCUGAGGGUGCUUGGGGUGCUACCCUCUCUUGGUGGUCUCUGUCUGCCUGCAGUCUCAGUUGUUGUACGGCUGGUUUGACCGGCUGGGAGGUGCGAGGGGGCAACUCGGUUGCGAUGGGGGCUGCUGCGUUGGCGUUGAUUGGCGGAGUGUGCGGUGUAGGUGUGUGUGCUGGACACGGUAGGAGGGGCUAGGGAGAGGAGGAGGAGGGGCUGCUAGGAAGACGAGUAGGAGGGGCCCCGUGUGGGGGGGGCUGCGGAGUGCCGUGUGUGGGGCGCUGCUGGGCAGGGUAGGGCACAUGGGGGCGGGGUUGGGACGGGGCGGACAUGGGAGUGCUGAUGACAGCGAGGACGUGCUGUGUCCGCUGUGCUGCUGCCUGUGCUAGGACAGCCAGACUGCUCUCGCCGGCUACCACCGACGGUUACAGUGUUACAGUGUGUGCACGCGCGACAGUGCACAGCGGCAGGCGCCCCUGCAGUUCCCCCACCCCGGCUGGCUGCUGUCCUAUCAGCCACUACCGGUAGUCGGGAGGGUAUGCAGCGUCUCCACUCCACUCCGGGCAAUUUUGUUAAAUCGAAUUGCAUCAA